GGGCAGACCAGCUCUGCUAGUUGUUUACAACUUACAGAUUACAUAAAGCUAAAGUAGCAAUUUUGCUAGCAAGCUAACCUAAGGCUAACUGCUGACAUUAUGUACAUAAGUGCUUUGUAGCAAACAGACCUGUGUCAUUGUUGUGCACGUGGCCUUCCACAAAAAUAUUUUGCCGUUAAUUAAUAACCGUAGUGCACAUAUGUCAAAGUCAAGGCCCGCGAAUGAAUUAUCUAUGGCCCCCAGGAUGAUAUUUGAUUAGCAUCAGAACCGGCCUGCGGGCUGUAGCAGCCCCCUGGUGUUUUGCACGCAUCAAUACUACAUUUCCCACAAUGCAACGGUAACCCGCGAACUCACUGCAGUGCAGCAAGCGGACCUCGGCCUCAUCAUUCAUCAGCAGUCAGAGCAGAUGUCAACUUUAAGCUACCUCCUCCCCAAAAAAUGGCUAAACAGAAGGUGGAUGCUGAGAACAGGGGGUUUCAAGCUAGGAGGGAGGCAGAGUACAUGUUCACUAAGGUAAAUGGCAAACCUGUGUGUCUUCUGUGUGGAGAAAGUUUGGUUGUAAUGAAAGAAUACAAUCUAAGAAGGCACCAUGAAACGUCUAAGAAACACACAGACAAAGACAAGAAUAUGGACACGGAACAAAGGCUACAGAAGGUGGAAGAAUUAAAACGAGGUCUUAGGUCCCAGCAGACUCUGUUCACAAAAGCAAAAUCACAAAGCGAAGCUGCUGUCAAGGUGAGUUUUAUUAUGGCAGAAGAGGUCGCAAAAUCCGCCCGGCCAUUUACAGAGGGAGAGUUUAUCAAAAACUAUAUGCUUAAAGUUUGUGACGCAGUGUGCCCAGACAAAAGGCAACUAUUUUCAAACGUGAGCCUAAAGGGAAAAGAUUUCAUCGCAUAUUCCCUUGCUGUGGAUGAGAGCACCGACACAUCUGACAUUGCCCAGCUGAGCAUAACAGAAGAGCUUUUGGCAUUACGUCCUAUGCAUGGCACAACUACAGGACAAGAUCUGUAUGAAGAGGUAUCCAGAUGUGUAAAUGAGAUGGGCCUGCCUUGGGAAAAACACGGAGCACCCGCGAUGUGUGGGCACAGGAGUGGACUGGUGGCAAGGAUGCGUGAGAGGAUGCGUAAGGAAAACGUCACAGGUGAGCUGACAGCUUAUCACUGCAUAAUACACCAGGAGUCGUUGUGUGGCAAAGCCUUGAAAAUGGAACAUGUAAUGAGCACCAUAACGCGGGCAGUUAACUUCAUCAGAGCAAGAGGUUUAAAUCACCGCCAGUUCAAGGCAUUUCUGGGCGAGUUAGAUACAGAGUAUGGUGACUUGCCCUAUCACACAGAGGUGCUAUGGCUAAGCCAGGGAAAGGUGCUACAAAGAUGUUUCGAGCUGCGUGAGGAGAUCUGUCUGUUCAUGGAAAGCAAAGGGAAAGACACAACAGAGCUGCGAGAUGAAACUUUUCUGUGUGAAAUGGCAUUUCAGUGCGACAUCACGAGUCAUCUGAAUGUGAUGAACCUGCAGCUGCAGGGACGGGGGCGUGUCAUCUCUGAUAUGUACAGUACAGUGCAGGCGUUUAAAACCAAGCUGAGUCUGUGGGAGACGCAGAUGCGUAAAGAAAACUUGAGCCACUUUCCCAGUUGCCAGACCAUGAAAGAGAGGCUCUCUACGGCUGUGUUCCCGAGUGCACAGUUUGCUGACAAACUCAACAUACUGGCCGCCGACUUCCGACGCCGAUUUGCUGACUUUAAAGCCCAAAAAUGCAGGUUUCAACUGCUCGGCAAUCCUUUUGCAGUUGACGUGGAAAGCGCACCACCAAACCUACAAAUGGAGUUGAUUGAGCUUCAGUGCAGUGACACACUGAAGGAAAAGUAUGAGAAAGUGGGUGCUGCUGAGUUUGCACGUUUCAUCCCCGACACAAGGGCCGAGCUGCGCAUCCAAGCUGCUCAGACGCUCUCUAUGUUUGGCAGCACAUACCUGUGCAAACGACUGUUCUCUUUGAUGAAGCUAAACAAAACAUCACACAGGAGCCGUCUUACUGAUCAGCACCUCCACUCAAUCCUGAGGAUUUCCUCAGCUCAGAGCCGUACCCCGAACAUUGAUGAACUUGUACAAAAGAUGAGACACCACCAAGUAUCAGGCUCAUCCUUAGACAAGUGAGCAUCACAGAGCAUUAACGUAUUUUUAGUUUUUAAUUCAUUUUUUAAUACAUUUGUUUCUACAAGACAUGUGAUUUUUCUUUGAAGGAAGUAUUGUUUUCUCUGUGUGCAAUAUAUUUUUGCAUUUUAUUUUAUUUUAUUUAUUUAUUUAUAUUAUUUUUCAGUUAAUGGACUCAGGGGAAGAUGCAGAUAAGAGCCAUGAGAAAGAAUACAACUGAUUUGAUUUAUUCUAUAUUUUCUCAUUUUACUAUUUGAAGCAGUAAUUUAGGAUAAUAGAGCAGCAUAGUAUAGCAUUUUCAGUUCAUAAUGCAUGCAGUUUCAUUUAUGCAUUUAUUUUGAUAUAAGGAACAUAUUUUGUCUUUGAAGGCAGUUUGUUCUUGUCUGUGUGCCUGCUGAAAAAUGUUUUCCCUUUAACUUACUGACAGAGCCAUAAAAAAUAUUUGAUUAUUAAUUUAAUCAUUAAAUAAUACAGUGUUACUGUAGGUCUUGGUACAAUAGGCUACGUGCAAUCAUUUCAAUAUGUUUUAAUAAACAUUGAACCAGUCCGGCCCUCGGAUUAUAGCCAAUUUUUUUUUUUUUUUGGCCCUCUGUGUAUUUGACUUUGGCAUACCUGCCGUUGUGUGUUAAGAGUUUGCAACAUGCUAUGUUUUGUAUUUGGGGCUAUGGGAGAAAUAAUUUCUGUAUCAUUCCAGGAUUUUAACAUCUCCAACAACUGUGCAGAAUGCAAGAAACUGUCACACACAGCUUGUUAAAGCAAAGAAAAAAAAGAUCUUUUUUUUUCUAAAUUGACAAAAGAAAGAGACUCCUUGUUAAAACUGCUGUCAAAAUGUAAAAGCCAUGCCAUCAGACUAUACAAUAACAACUGUUAAAUCACCCACUCCAUCAGUAGUUUACGUAGUAAUCUUCUCUGAUUAAUAUUUGUGCAAACUCUGCGAUGUUUAAAUAUUUAUACAAUAUGCAGUAGCUUUUCUGUGCAACAUUUGUGCAAACUGUUGCAACAUUUAUAUUUAUACAACAUGCAAUAUCUCUUCCAAUGAAACUAUAUUAUGGAUCUGUCACGUUGUUACUGUUUUUUUUUUGUCUCAUUAGACAAGAAGAAAAAAUGUGCUCGGACAGAUGAAGAUGUCUUAAGAAACUCAGACCAACAGAUUAACUCAGAAAAAGGAAAAGCAUAAAACGGAAGAGAAAGACAGACGUAAAAAGGGCAGAUUGUGAAAAGGUACAAGAGGAACUUGCAGGUAUUCAGGAGAGGGAAGAACUUGAGGUCUUCCUACAAAGCUGUUGCACUAGAUAGGAACACAGUGGUUGCUAGUGCUGCAAUCGCCAAGCUUGCCAUUGUGUCACCCAAAAAAUGUGAUGAAGUCAUACAAAGCUUCUCCAGAGGACACAGUUUAAGUUAAUUUUGUCUGUAAGUGUUCAGAUGCACUGAGCAGUGACCCUGCACUUUAAUUAAAAGUUGACGAUAUAAAAAGAAAUGGAAGGCUUCUUCCCAUAGUCAGGAGAAUGGUAAAAUUACGUGUGGGGAAUCGCAUAAAGCAGGCGUUAAAGAAAAACAAACACUGGUAAUGUCUCCACUUAGCAGACAGGCAUUCAUGUUACCAUGUUUUGCUGUGGUAAGGAGUUUUGGUUUGGUUAUGUUGAUUUUUCAAAAACGGCAGACCUGUUAUGUUACUACAGUAGAUUUUUUUUUCAUAUUUGCAGAAAUAGUAGUAACACUUGUUAGUGUGAACAAUGUGAUGUUUGUUUGCAUAUUGUUGCAAUAAAUGCUUAUUCUAAGACAUUGUUUAUCAUAUUUGGACAUUAUUGUUUAUUAUUGGUGUUUGACUGUGAAGCAACUUAACUGCUGACUUUUCCCUUACUUCAGAAAAUGAUGAUAGUGGUUCACACUUUAGAUUAGGGGGAUGCAAAAAUGUUUGUAUGUGACUUGAAGAUGGUUUAUAAAAUUAGGCUAGAUCUACCAAUGAUUUGAAACACAUUUACAAAGAAUGAAUAGUUCACACUUUAGAUCGGGGUUAUGCAAAAAGGUUUGUAAGUGUCACGAUCCGGUUCAGGACCUAAGGACUCAGGUUGUCAUCAAUGUCAUGUUUUGUAUCCAGUUUUCAUUUCCGGUUUUAUUUUGGUAGCACUCCCGGUUUCUGUUUCUGUUCUUGCUUUACUUCCUGUUUACCCGAUGUCACAGCUGUUCCCUGUCAGUACCGGUCCUCAUUAUCCACACCUGCACAUCAUCUGCAAUUAGUCCACCUUGUAUUUAAGAUCCACCUCUCACCCUUGUAACUCUCCAGAUUGUUGGGUCAUAGCACCACUAUCCAGCGUUCCAGUCUGGUUGUUUCGUGUUGUUGGUCUUGCCUGCUUUUGAUCGCCAAUUGCUGCCUGAUCCUCCUCGGUACUUUCGCCUGGAUUGUGACAUAUGCCCGACCGUCUGACCAGUGAGUUUGUCUAGCCCUUAUCUGUACCGUUGCUGAGUCUCCCCGUGUACCGAACCACUGCUGCCUCCUGGACCUGAUUUCGCCCGCUCCUCAUCUGUACCUUACGCUGAGAUAUCCUGUGUAUGACCUGGACUGUAUGACGUUGACGCAAUAAACCCUG